AUGCACAUCCUUCAUUUCUACACGCUACGCGUGAAUACGAAACACCCAUUAAAAAUGGCUAGCACGCUGGAGUUAUUGGAACAAAGAAUUGCUGAACUGGAGAGCAGGAUAUGCGGCGAAAGAAACCUGAGUGGUAUCCAAGGAUCGGUUAUUGAUAAUUUACAUGGAGUAAAGCAGAAGAUAGCUGGCUUAACAUCUGGUAAAAGCAAGACUCAAGCUGUGUGGAAAAGAUUGGAAGAGCUGAAUAACUAUCUUGACCCUGAACUGUCUGGUCAGCUGACACUGAGCAGCGAGGCAAAAGCUGAUAUCAUCUUGGCAGAGGAAGAACAGCUGAAAGCACAGGCAGCUCUCUUAGAAAAGGUCAAAGAACUUUCUUCUGUGCUUGAUAGUGAACACAUUAAAGGCAUUCCUAGCCUAUCAGACAGACUGGUACCCCUGACCACAGUACAGGUCAAACAAGAGGAAGAGGCAAAGGAGCUGGGAGAAGAGACAAAGAAACUUCUAGAAUCAUAUAACAAUAUUAUAACCCUUCUCUCCAAACAGUUUGUGCAAUGGGAUGACAUCAUGACCAAAUAUGAGGUUGCUCAUCAAGUCAGGAAACCAGAUGUUUAUUAAUCUUAUUAGUUAUUGUAAACACAUCAAAUUAUCAUUAGCAAUUUAUUUAUACAUGUACAUAUGUCUGAGAAUGCAGUUGCUCAAAUUAUAGAUGGAUUCUUUAGAGUUGCGUUCAGACCUCACUACAGGGGAUUGGAAUCACAGUUUAAAAGAUGUUUGCAUUGAAACCAUGCUUUAGCUAUUCAUAACCAAAAGGUUAACAAUCUAAAAGAUGUUCUUUGACUUAUUUUUUCUUGAUGAGCAAACUCCUUGACAUAGUUUUUGAGCAACUGUGUGGCAAAACUUUGUAAAUAUGUAGGAAAUAAGUAUAUGUUAAAUGGCAAAUUAUGAAUCUAAUGUACAUGAAAAUAUGAUAAUGGUUUGUAAUUCAUUUAAUAGUAAAGUGACAGUAAUCAGACUGAUGAACACAUAGUAGUGCAUGCCCUGUCCGUUCACAUGAUCUUACCAAUGCUGUGAUGUGAUAUAUACCAUGCGCAACUGAAAACUGAAGUCACCCUUAAAUCUUGUGAAACACCCCCCUUGUAUAUGUCAUCCAUCGGCUCUUUAAUUUCCGUAAACAUAACUACAUAGAGCGACACAUUAAGUUAUAAUAGUUCUCACAAUUCUUGCCAGUAAUGUACAUGUAGGGUAUAAGAUUUCGAUUCAGAUAAUCAUUAUUCCUGAUUUUGAACCACUGUUUUUUUUUUGGGGGGGGUGGGGCAUAUCUAUAUAAGAUCUCAAAGUUUACCACUGAUUUAAUAGAUUUUAGUGGCUAUUCAGUUUCUUGAUGGGCUUUAGCUUAGUCCUUACAGCAUGUGGGUAGUUUAGUCAGUAAUCAAUGUUAAUUGAGUCAACAUAUAUCUUAAUAGUUUUUACCACAGCCCCCCCCCCCCCAAAUUUAAUAAAUUUUAACUUGACCCUUAAGUCUGGCUCACACCUUUG